GCCGAGGCGAAUCCCUGCCGCGUUAUCGACGUGAGAGGCGAUCAUGCGCUCUUGGUUGCUUGGCGAUUAUUGUGCUUGAAAAUAUGCCCAGCCAGGCAGCGUCUUCCCUGGCGCAGCGUUGCAGAGAGAAGAGUUAAGACUUACCUAUAAGCGCUUGUAUUGGAAUCUUGGGAGGGGGGUGGGAGGCAAGCUGGGGAAAGGGAAGGUGCUUCGGAGGCAGGCGCCUCUGCCAUGAAAAAGAUCUUUGGCUUCAGGAAUAAAGGCCCGUCGCCUUCAGGAUCCUCUGCCCGCCCUCGGAGGAACUGCGUGGGCUUCGGGCAUGAGAGUGCUAAUAACCUGGACUCGCCCAGGUACCACAUCCAAGAUAAGGAUAUGGGAAAGAUCCACAAGGCUGCAAGCGUGGGUGACGUAGCCAAAGUGCAGCAUAUCCUUCUUCUUGGAAAAAGUGGCGUGAAUGAUAGGGACAGGAAAAACAGGACUGCUCUACAUUUUGCCUGUGCUUAUGGCCAUCCAGAAGUGGUGACUCUCCUAGUAGAGAGAAAAUGUGAAAUUGAUGCCAAUGACAGUGAGAACAGCACUGCUCUAAUUAAGGCUGUACAAUGUCAAGAAGAGGAAUGUGCCACUAUUCUGCUGGAACAUGGUGCUAAUCCAACCAUUAUGGAUGCCAGAGGCAACACUGCUCUGCACUAUGCUGUCUAUAGUGAGAACACAUCAAUAGCAGCCAAAUUACUUGCACACAAUGCAAAUAUUGAAGCAAAAAACAAGGAUGACCUCACACCACUUUUACUGGCUCUAAGGGAAAAUAAACAGCAGAUGGUGGAAUAUUUAGUAAGGAAGAAAGCAGAUAUUCAUGCAAUUGACAAGUUGGGAAGGCAAAUACCUUUUGAAUAUGAAGAAAAGAAACUUAAAAAUCCUGAAAACAGCAAUCCAGUGCUGGAAAUCAAACCUAAGACUUCAUGCAUCCCAGUGGAUGAGAGUUCUGAAGAUGACUCUUUAACCAGGCUUUCUAACACACCUGGUCCUGGUGAUCCCUGGCCUACAUCAGAUGAAGAUGACUAUAAUUUUGAUACCAAGAAUGUCCCAAAAGUAAACUUAGAGCUAUGGACUGCUGCACAGCAAUCCAGGAAAAAUCAAGCAAGGUAUGACUUUGGGAAAGUAGAAAACAGAACCUUGUUUGACAACAGUAACUCAGAUAGUCAAAAUGAAGAUGUGGUUGAAAUCCUUCCUAAAACAUCAAUCAAAGUCCAGAGCUUUUCUCUUCCUUCCUUUUCAUCACCUAAACCAAUGAAAGGAGCAACUGAGUCAACAGUUGGAAAAGAAGAGAAUGAUAAUAUUGAAAGUGUUUCACAAGAGCAACCAAAUAAUGAUAGUUUGGCUUAUGUUGAUGGAGGGCACAAAAGUAAUAAAAUUGAAAUGAUGUCUGCAUUAGGAUUAGGAGAAGAUGAAGAUGAAGAAUCACCUUGGGAUUCUGAGAGUAUCUGUGAGAGUCUUCCACUGAAAUGUGUUGGUCAUUUAUCUGGGAUUGCAGAUCAGAGAGGAAAAAAUGUAGCAAAUGGACAAACAGAAGAUGUGGUUUAUAUACCUUCUUUCAUGAGUGGAUCAAGAAACUUUAAGAUGGCUAAACUAGAGGAUUCAAGAAAUGUAGGCAUACCAGUAGCCCACAUGGAGUCUCUUGAGAAACAUCCUGUCUGGAAGCCUACCAUUGAAAUGAAAGAUUCUGUUCUGAAUAAAGCAGAGGGAGUGAAGGAUGUACAAACAUUCAAAUCAGCAGAGCCAGACUUAGAAGUGACAUCAGAUGAAGAGCAAAAAAGUCUCAAUUGCAGUACAAAUAACCAUCUACAGGUUGAAGGAAAAAGAAAGCACAGAUAUAAUAAAAUGCAAGUAUCAGAAAACCUUUAUGAUGGUACUGCUGCUGCUUUCAACGAUGAUGAUGAAUUAAAUAAACAAAGAAUGAUUGAAAAGACUAAUAACCAGCAACUUCCUAUUAAGGAGAAUGAAAAACAUGAUGGUAGUGAUCCUGCCUUGUAUAUGAAAGAAGUAAAGAAAAAUGAAAAUGAAAAAUGCACUUCCAGAGAAUCUGUGAUUAUACCAGUGUUCAAGAAGGCUGAUUCACUAACUGGCAGUCUACUGUGUGGAAAGAAUGGUUGCAGUUUAAGUGAAAUGCAUCAGGAUGAAGCAAGGCCCACAAAGAAAACAUCUAAUGAAAACAACAAGGUCAGAAACCAAAGAAAUGCUAUGGAUGAUCUUGAUGACUUUACUCAGUCAUCUGAAACAGCCUCUGAAGACUGUGAGCUGCCUUACCCUAACUAUGAGAAUAUUUUGCUUCUAAUUGAGCAACUUAGAAUGGAGUGUAAAGGGAAACCUUUCUGGAUCCAGUGUAAAUCAAAUUCCUAUUUUAUUAGCCUAUUGAAAAUCCGGGAUGCAGUUCAUGCAUACAAAAAACUGAUAGAACUUAAAAAAAGUCAAUGUGAAGAACUUACAGGAAAAAUUAAAAGAAUGGAAAAUAAGGUUAGUGGACUACAAAAAGAGCUAUCAGAAAUAAAAGAAGCAAAAUCACAGUUAGAGCAUGAAAAAGUGGAAUGGGAACAAGAACUCUGCAAUUUGAGAUUUGCCUUAAAACAAGAAGAUGAAAAGAGAAGAAGUACUGAUCAAUUUUAUGAAAAAAUUAAGGAACAAUUAAGAAAAAAAGAAGAGCAAUAUAAUAAAGAAGUUGAAAUGAAGCAACAACUUGAAAUCUCUCUUAGGACACUAGAUUUGGAACUAAAGGCUGUAAGAAACAAUUUGAAUCAGGUUUUAGAGGAACGAAAUGACACUCAGAGGCAACUUUCUCGAGAACAGAAUGCCAGAAUUUUACAAGAUGGGAUUCUGGCUAAUCACCUUUGCAAACAAAAGGAGAUAGAAAUGAUGCAAAAGAAAAUGAGUUCUGAGGUUUCUGUUAGUCAUGAGAAGGAAAAAGAUCUAUUGCAUAAAAAUCACAGAUUGCAGGAUGAAAUUGCCAUGGUAAGACUGGAGAUAGACACAAUAAGAAAUCACAGCCAGGAAAAAGAAAAGAAAUAUCUUGAGGAUAUUGAAAUUGCAAAUGAAAAGAAUGAUAACCUUCAAAGGACAAUAAAACUAAAUGAAGAAACAUUUGCAAAAACCAUGCUCCAGUAUAACGGACAGCUUAAUAUACUGACAGCUGAGAAUACAAUGCUAAAUUCUAAACUGGAGAAUGAAAAACAAAACAAGGAAAGACUGGAAACAGAAGUUGAAUCAUACCGAUCUAGACUGGCUGCUGCUAUACAUGAUCAUGGUGAAAGUCAGACAUCAAAGAGAGACCUAGAACUUACUUUCCAGAGAGCAAGAGAUGAGUGGCUUCGUUUGCAGGACAAGAUGAAUUUUGAUAUAUCUAACCUAAAAGAUAACAAUGAAAUUCUUUCCCAACAACUUUCUAAAGCUGAAAGAAAGUUCAAUAGCCUAGAAAUUGAAUUCCAUCAUACACAAGAUGCUCUUAGAGAAAAGACUUUGGUUUUAGAACAUGUAAAAAGAGACCUAAGCCAAACACAGUGCCAAGUAAAAGAAAUUGAACACUUGUAUCAAAAUGAACAAGUUAAGGUAAAUAAAUACAUUGGAAAGCAGGAAUCUGUAGAGGAGAGGUUAUCUCAACUACAAAGUGAAAAUAUGUUGCUUCGACAGCAAUUAGAUGAUGCUCACCACAAAGCUGACAAUAAAGAAAAGACAGUAAUUAAUAUCCAAGACCAAUUUCAUGAUAUUAUAAAGAAAUUUCAAGCUGAAAGUGAAAAACAAAGUCUCUUGCUAGAAGACAGAAAUAAGGAGUUGAUCAAUGAAUGUGAUCAUUUAAAAGAAAGACUGCAUCAAUAUGAAAGUGAAAAAGCAGAAAAAGAGGUAGUCAUGAGACAACUUCAACAAGAACUGGCUGAUACUCUAAAAAAACAGUCUAUGUCAGAGGCUUCACUAGAAGUUUCAUCGCGUUACCGCAUUAAUUUAGAAGAUGAGACACAAGAUUUAAAGAAGAAAUUAGGUCAAAUCAGAUGUCAAUUGCAAGAAGCACAGGAUCAACACACAGAGUCUGUAAGAUGUGCUGAGAAAAUGCAAGAUCACCUACAAAAGCUUGAACUUGAAAAUUCCAAGUUAAAAGUUACCAUAAAAAAGCAAGCAGGGAAAAUUGAACAGCUGCAGAAAAACCUGUUAAGUGCAAAUAUGUCUGAAGAUGAUAGAGAACAACUAAAGAAACUUACUGAGUUGAAACAAUCUCUGGAAUAUACUGUGGAUCAAGAAAAGAAGAAAAAUUGUGAAUUAGAAAAAGAGCUAUCUGGAUUUAAGAAACUUUUAAAAAUGACAAAAAUGAAGUUAAGUGAACAUGAAAUCCAAGAGUUUAGUCUCCAUGGAGAUUUAAAAACCAGUCAAUUUGAAAUGGGUAUUCCAAUAAAUAUGCUAAUACACAAGGUUGAUGAUCUUACAACAAAACUGGAAACUGUGUCUUCAAAAUGUUUACAUCUGGAUAAAAAAAAUCAACUUCUUCAGCAGGAGUUAUUUUCUAUGAAAACUAUAGAAAAGAAAUGUGAAAAACUAGAGAAGAACAAAAAGAAAUUGGAACAAGAAGUAGCAAACCUCAAAAGUCAUUUAGAAAAGAAUAUGGUGGAAUAUGGUCAAUUAGAACAGUACAAACGGGAAAUUGAAGAAAGAGCAAAACAGGAUUUAGUGGAAAAAUUAAGACAAGUCAAUCUGUUUUUACAGACACACGCAGCAUCUCAAGAAAAUUUGGAGCAGUUAAGAGAAAAUAAUAAUGCUGCAAUAAGAAGUCAUAUGGAACUGAGAAUUAAAGAUAUGGAAUCUAAACUCUCUAAAAUGAAAAGUCAAGAAGAUUUCAAUAAAAUAGAACUAGAAAAAUAUAAGCAGCUCUAUCAAGAAGAAUUCAGAAGUAGGAAAUCAUUGUCAAAUAAACUAAACAAAACUAAUGAGAGGCUAGAGGAGGCCAACAACAAACUUCUUUUGGAGGAACAGCAGAACAGAUCUCUACUCAGCACCUUUAGUACAAAGUCUGUCCUAGAAUGCCCUUGUGUUAGAAACCUUCAUAGUAGUUUGGGACUCAACAGAAGUUUUAUUCCAAGAGAAAAUUUAGUGCUUCCUCCCUCAAGCCCACAGCCUUCAAAUAAGAGCCUAGAGAACUAUCUGACCAAGAUGCAGCAGGAGUUGGAAAAAAGUAUAAGUAGAGAACUAAAAGAAGCUGCUGUUGAACUUGAAUCUGGAUUCUUUAGAGCUUCUCCCCCAGGAUCUACCAAUAAGUCAAGUAAAAAUCUAUUUUCGGAAGCAUCACAAGGAUAUGUAGAGAUUUUAAAGAAAAAAUAUGUGAUCUGAAAUGUAACAUUUUAUUUAUUGGACUGUUUAUACAACAUUUUAAUUGUUCCCUAUUAAAAAAAUUAUGU